CUGUCACACACUGUCACACACUGUCACUCACACUGUCGCACUGUCACUCACACACUGUCACACACACACACACAUUGUCACACUGUCACACACACACACAUUGUCACACACACUGUCACAUUGUCACACAAACACUAUCACACACACUGUUACACCGUCACACACACUGCACUGUCACAAACUCUCACACACUGCACUGUUACACACUCACACACACUGUCACACACACUGUCACACACACUGUCACAUCGUCACACACUGCACUGUCACAAACUCUCACACACGGUCACACUGUCAUGCACACACUGUCACACACACACUGUCACACACACACUGUCACACACACACUGUCACACACACACUGUCACACUAAACGUUUUUACACUGUGCAAUAUGCCCCUUCUUUUGCACGCCUUUUUCCCGGCAUGGUCGGCCCGUUUACACUGACCAAGGUAAUAAACUGGCCUGACUUCGCACCCCAAUCUACCCUCCCGGACGCUACACAUAUUGGCGCUUUCAUUCUGAUGUGAAUGCGAUCAGACGGCCUCUGCGGUUCCGGGGGCUGGACUUGGGUGGUGGAGGUGUUGCUGUGAUGUCUAGACAGAGACAACGCAGCGAUAUCAACAUGAGCAGUUAUAAGUGGAGAGACUGGGAAAUCCACGAGCUGCUGAUCAUGGGAGAGAAGGUGAUGCAGUCGCAUUAAACAAAGAUGGUGCGACCUACGAGAAAGGCUUACAAGGCUUCUGUCGGGAUAGAAAACAAGUGGUCAGCAAAAUAAAGAAUAUGUUGGCGUUUUGGUGCCAAGCCGUCUGUCUGUCUGUCUGUCUCAGGAGGAGGAGAUGUUGAUACUGGGGGAGAUGGGGAGCCUGCGGUCCAUUAAUGAUGACAUCAGAACCCUGACCAUGGACCCCCACAAGUUGCCCCCUCCUCCCGAGCAGGUGAUAGUUGACCUGAAGGGGUCAGAGGUCACCUGGUCGUACAAGACUCCUCCCUCAUCGCCAAGCAACAGCCUAUCCAGGAAGUCCAGCAUGUGCAGUAGUCUGAGCAGUGAUUCCCCGCUCCAGUGGGUCUCACUCUCACUCUCCUUCGACUCACUUCCGGUUCCGUGGCUCCUCCUCCUCCUCCUCCUCCUCCGCCCUGCCCCCCCCCGCCCGCCUCUCCUCCGUCUCCUCCCACGACUCCGGAUUCAUCUCCCAUGAUGCAUCUUACCACUCCACCAGCUCAUCGCCAAUGCCCCCAGACGGGUCCCAGGACUGGUGCAGACCGGGUCCCUACGAGCUACGAAGGAGCAAGACUACCGAUCCCAGCAGCCACCUGGCUUGUGAUGUCACCAACCCGGGGGAGGAGCCAGCGAGGGCCAGGGUUGGAGGCUCUGCGUCACGCUCCAAGGAGGAGCGGGAGGUGCACGAGGAGCUGAGCAGGGCCCUGGCCAGGGGCCUCCGGCUGGACCUCGGGGGGGGGUCGCUGCAGGGCUCCAGCGGCUACAGCAGCCAGACCCCCACCCCCGCGCAGACCCCCACCCCCGCACAGACCCCCAGCCGCGCAGACCACCCGCUGCAGGCCCCCGGCUCAGACUGGGACUACUUCUCCAUGGCAACGGACCAGGAGGCGGACCCGGAGCGCUCCUCCCGGUUCCAUCCCAAACGCCCCGCCCCCAGCAGUAGCUCCGCCCCUCUGGGCGUGGCCACCAUCCGCCGGGCCCCCUCCUCCAAACCCAGCCUCCGGCGGCCCCCGGGGGCCCCGGGCCCCGUCAGACCCCCCAUGAUCCCCGUCAAGACCCCCACCGUGCCCGACCGGCCCUUCCCCCCCCCCACCGGACCCCCCACGCCCCUCGGCCCCCCCGCCCCCGCCGGGCCCCCCGCCCCCCUCGGCCCCCCCGCCCCCCUCUGCCCCCUCCCCGGGCCCGGUGCCGACUCCCCCGCGCCCCCCCCCCAGCAGCAGGGGGCCCCCGUCCCCCGGGGCCCCGAGAGGAGGCCCCUCCCCGGGCUGCUGGAGGAGGCGGAGCUGGGGGAGGGGGUGCUGGCCUCCAUCAGGAGGGGGGUCCCGCUGAGGGGGGGGGACACCGACGACCGCUCGGCCCCCCGGACCCACUGACCCCCCCCCCCCCCCCCACAGGGGCCUCUCAGGCCCCAGGUGGUGUUGAGGAGGAGGUGGUGGAGGAGGAGGUGGUUCUGAUGAUGAUGAUGAUGUGGAGUUGGGAGGAGGUGGUGGAGGAGGUGGAGGAGGUACUGAUGAUGAUGAUGAUGAUGAUGUGGAGUUGGGAGGAGGUGGUGGUGGAGGAGGCGGUGGUGACGAUGAUGAUGAUGACGAUGAUGUGUGAGGUGUUCCGAGGUGAAGGCGGUCAGGUGAUCAGAGGAGCCUCUGACAGACAGCUGCUCUGGUGUAUUCUAGUCCUCUAGUAUAAUCUGUAGAUUAAGGUGCAUGGUCUCCCAGUAUAAACAGUAUAUUAUAUAUGAAAUCAAUCACAGAAUGAGCCCCUAUAGAGAGAUGAAUCUAUCCAUGAUCGUAGCUCAGACAGAAGCAGUGCCAUACAAAGUGUUCUCCAUCUCUGUCCAGGUCUUCAGGGUCAGUAGUGUCGGACGUUCUGAUCGCGGAACCUCUCGGUAAAGUGUCGCAGACGUCGGUUUGUGCCGUGAGGCUCCUCCUCCUCUGUACAGUAUCAGUGUGACCACGCUCCCCACGACACAACACGACACAACGACACCACAAGGACACAACACAAGGACACAACGGACCAGCACUACUCCUGCUCAGCGUCAGGAACCAGAGACUGAUGGACGACGGGACCGGGGACCUGGAGGAGCAGCUUUCUAGAGGUUUCUCGUUAGCCUUUAGCUGUGUUAGCUCCCUUCCUGUUAUGAGUGUGUUGUUCUGCGGCUAACUGCUAGCAGGUGUUUCAGCGUGUUCACUGCGGUGUUAUGUUAGCAUACUGGAAGAUGUCAGUGUGUAAAGUGUCGGUGUGACGGUAUGCUUCGCUAACUAGCUGUACUAGAGCCCAGCCUAGCCUGUAGCUACAACCGCCUGUCUGGGUGCUGGAGUCUAGCUAACCGCUAUAGCAGCUACUGCCUGGCUAGUUGCUGUUGCGACCGCCUAGCCAGGUGCUGUAGCCGCUACAGGGUAGCUAGCUCAAGAGUUCUGUAGCUACGCUAGAACGGCCUGCAGCCUACUACUGUAGUAGUCGUAGCGCUGUAGGCUACGCUAGGGGCCAGAACGGCCUGCAGCCUACUACUGUAGUAGUCGUAGCGCUGUAGGCUACGCUAGGGGCCAGAACGGCCUGCAGCCUGCUACUGUAGUAGUCGUAGCGCUGUAGGCUACGCUAGGGGCCAGAACGGCCUGCAGCCUGCUACUGUAGUAGUCGUAGCGCUGUAGGCUACGCUAGGGGCCAGAACGGCCUACAGCCUGCUACUGUAGUAGUCGUAGCGCUGUAGGCUACGCUAGGGGCCAGAACGGCCUACAGCCUGCCUGUUGGAGCUGGCCUCCCGUUCCAUGUGUUAGCCACUAGGGGCAGCAGACUCUAAGCCAAUGUGAGACACGUCGCUCUACUCUGAUCCGUGGAGGUUUGUUUCUGUACUAAAACCAGCAGAACAUCUCCAUGAGGCUGUAGAGGUGACCAGAGAACCGCUGGAGUAGGUCCGUAGAACUACAAUAGAACAUUUCUACUUGGUCCGUAGAACUACGAUAGAACCGCUGUACAAAUUCUGAACAGUGUUGUGUGUGUUUCCAGCUUGAUCUCAAUAAACGGCCGACACGAUUUAAGACA